UUGCAUCGCCUCAGGCCUGAUGUAUUUGAACGUUUUUAAAGAGAAUCCUAUUUGUGAGGACAUUAAAAUGUAUGUUUUCAUCAGUAGGAAUCUUUAAAACACAUAUUUUAAUUUGUCUUCUAACUAGCAAAGAAUAUAUUUUACUAACAUUAYCAUUUCUUUUGUUUCCACGAAAGUAAUCACAUGUGUUUGAUAUUAUGGUACAACGGCCUGCCAUACAGGAGGAGGGCGGGGUUUGAGGAGAGGAUGGAGAGAGGAUGGAGAGAAGAGACCCGGAUGCUGAUGCGAAUGGGCCGAAGGAAGGAAGAGAAGAGAAAAUAUCGAUUUACGGCAAGAAAACGGAGAGUAUCGUCCAAGGGGCCUGUUUUUUUUUCUUGCGUGAACCGUAAUCAGAAGUGAGGAGGAGGCAGCUGGAAGUCGUGCGGGCUGAUUUGUGCUGUUUUUACCCGUGUGUAAAUCCGCCGAUGACGGAGGAGGACACGCCAAAGGAGAGAGAAGAAGAUGCUGUGAUCCGCUACUUGCAGUGAUGUAGGGAGGCAGAGACUGGCAGAGGCAGGGAGGGGGUGGACUACACUACGCUUAAAAAAAAAAGAUGGUUGUUUGGCCAGGAAUGCGCGUUUCACCCCGAAAUACCGUGAGAAUGUGGCCGUUUGAUAACACCGACCAUUUGGCGAUGCCCGGAAACUUCCCGCGGCGUCGGUCAUUUUGACAGGCGCGAGGCGGCCGCUGGUCGAGGCGUCGAUAGCUAAAGCGAGCCUCGCUGCUGUGUGGGAGAGCGGCGGCGGUGCUAAAAUAACAUGUUACAUCUGUAAAAACAGGCCUAACAGGGAAAAUAGCGUUGAUUUCAUCUUCAGGGCGAAYAUUUAGUAGACGUUUUGUUUUACGCAAACAGCGAAUAGCUGAAAGCACUGCAGCAAAAUGAGGUGAAACUAGCUGUUUUGGCUAUGCGUUUUCUAGUUAGCGUCGUUAACCUGGCUAGAUGCAAGUACACACAGAUAAGCUAAUGUACAUAAGUGAAACUAUUUAGUUUUAUUUUGUGGGGCUUAAAGCAGCCAACUGUCAUCUCGGCCUCUCUUCCCUGUUACUUGCUAUUCUGUUAACUAUCAACGCCAUGCUAAUCGUGGUUCAGAACACGACAUAUUUAGCUCGAAUUAGAUGAGCAGGCUUCAUUUUUUUAAACCACUUUGUCAUGUUUCACUCGGACUAGCAGCGUUAUUCUUGUAAAACAAGCUGUCUGUUCAAGUUUAAGUCCCACAACUCCUGUAUAAGCUGUACAAUAUCACAAUAAUUGCAAAAAAAAAAAAAAAAAAAAACAGUGCAGUGUUAGUUAUAGCUGUGUAUUAGUGUUGAGUAGGAGCAGUAUGAGUAAGGAACUGUCUCUGAGUCAGUCUGCUCAAUAUGUUGGGCCCUAUCGACUGGAAAAGACUCUGGGGAAAGGGCAGACAGGACUGGUCAAACUUGGGGUCCACUGUAUCACGGGUCAGAAGGUAGCCAUCAAAAUAGUCAACAGAGAGAAGCUGUCUGAGUCAGUCCUGAUGAAGGUUGAGAGAGAGAUUGCCAUUCUGAAACUGAUUGAGCAUCCGCAUGUGUUGAAGCUGCAUGAUGUUUAUGAGAAUAACAAAUACCUGUACCUGGUGUUGGAGCAUGUGUCCGGGGGAGAGCUCUUUGACUAUCUGGUGAAGAAGGGUCGGCUAACUCCGAAGGAGGCCAGGAAGUUCUUCCGGCAGAUCAUCUCUGCUUUGGAUUUCUGCCACAGUCAUUCCAUCUGUCACAGAGACCUGAAGCCAGAGAACUUGCUUCUGGAUGAAAAGAACAACAUUCGCAUUGCUGAUUUUGGCAUGGCCUCCCUACAAGUGGGGGACAGUCUGUUGGAGACCAGCUGUGGGUCACCUCAUUAUGCCUGCCCUGAAGUUAUUCGGGGGGAGAAAUAUGAUGGGAGGAGAGCAGAUGUGUGGAGCUGUGGGGUCAUUCUUUUUGCCCUACUGGUGGGCGCCCUGCCUUUUGACCAUGACAAUUUACGCCAGCUCCUGGAGAAGGUGAAGAGUGGCGUGUUCCACAUGCCUCACUUCAUCCCCCCGGACUGCCAAUCACUGCUCAAAGGCAUGAUUGAGGUCAACCCAGAGAAGAGGCUCUCGCUAGAGACCAUUCAGAAACACUCCUGGUAUCUGGGCGGUCGUAAYGAGCCGUGUCCCGAGCAGCCGCCCCCCAGGCGUGUGUGUGUGAGGCGGAUCAUGUCGCUGACUGAGCUGGACCCAGAUGUGUUGGACAGCAUGCACUCGCUUGGAUGUUUCCGGGACCGAGUCAAGCUCACACGGGAUUUGCAAUGCGAAGAAGAAAACCAGGAGAAGAUGAUCUAUUACUUACUGCUGGACAGGAAGGAGCGCUACCCCAGUUAUGAAGACGAGGACCUGCCUCCGCGCAAUGAUGUGGCGGACCCCCCUCGAAAGCGUGUCGACUCCCCGAUGCUGACGCGCCACGGCCGCUGUCGCCCUGAGAGGAAAAGUCUGGAGGUGCUAAGUGUUACUGAGCAAGGGUCUCCUACACCGCCUCGCAGGGCCUUUGACACCGCUGCACACAGCCAGAGGUCUCGCUCGGUCAGCGGAGCGUCAAGUGGUCUGUCCUCCAGCCCUCUCAGCAGCCCCAGGGUCACCCCCCAGGGCUCUCCGCUGCCCACGCCCAUGGGCACCCCCGUCCACCACCCCCACCACCCCUCCUCCACCCCGCCCUCCUCUUCCUCGUCCUCAUCCUCUUCGCGGGCGGAGGGAGGGGGAGGGGUGGGCUCACUUUCGCUGACCCCGCCCUCAAGCCCAGGAGGGGGUAGCGGUAUGGCGGCGGGCAGCCCCGCCCACUGGAGGACUCGGCUCAACUCGUUCAAGAACAACCUUCUGGGCUCGCCUCGAUUUCAUCGACGUAAAUUACAAGUUCCGACGUCAGAAGACAUGUCCAGUCUAACACCAGAAUCCAGUCCUGAGCUGGCUAAGAAGUCGUGGUUUGGGAAUUUCAUCGGCUUGGAGAAAGAGGAGCAGAUCUUUGUGGUGAUCCGAGACAAACCUCUGAGUUCUGUCAAAGCCGACAUCGUUCACGCUUUCCUGUCAAUCCCGUCUCUCAGCCACAGCGUCCUCUCGCAGACCAGCUUUCGGGCCGAGUACAAGUCCUCCGGCGGUCCCUCCGUCUUCCAGAAGCCCGUCAAGUUCCAGGUGGACAUCGCCUUCUCCGAGGGCGAGAGGGAACGGGACAGGGAGAGGACGGAGAGGGAAGGCAGGAGGGAGACAGGAAUCUACAGCGUGACGUUCACCCUCAUAUCAGGCCCAAGUCGCAGGUUCAGACGAGUCGUGGAAACGAUCCAAGCUCAGCUUCUCAGCUCCCAUGAUCAGCCACURGUGCAAGUCCUGUGUGAUCCCUUCCCAGAUGAGAAGAACAGCCGGCCCCACGGGACCCCCACCCGCCAAAACUCGAGGCGCUCUGAGGGUGGGGGCGACAGGUGCGAGUGGGGUGACCGAGCAGAUGGCGGAGGCAUAGGCGGCAGCGGAGGAGUCCUGCAGCGCAGAGGCUCAGCGAAGGAGAGAACCCGCCUGCUAUCCUCCAACGGAACUCAAUCCCAACCUUAGGAUAGAAAACGAGAACACGCUGCAGGAUGCUUGAGCAACACCAGAACAGAGACAGCGUAGCUCCUUCUCUAAGUAUCCCUGCAAGGCAUGAGAUACUCCUAUUCUUCCUUGACUAAUUUAUUGAAAGUGCUUGACCAUAGCAAAGAUUGAGCCCUUUUCCCUCCAUCCUGCCUUUUUUUUUUGCCAACUUAUCAUCUUGAUCUUUAGGAUCAUUUGAAUUCCUACCCUUAAUUGAGAAAGACAUAUUAAGGACCCUUUAAUCAAGAAAAAAUAUCUAUGUGAAUGAGCAGUUUGGUAACCAUCUGUCAACAACACAGCUUCACAGAUCAAAGUAGGAAUUUUCAAACGYUGAUGUGCAUGCCAGUUAGCAAACUAGCCCGCUAAAGGAUGCUGACACGCUCAGACAGGCUAGUCUGUCAUUUCAUYGUAUUGCAGUUCCUGACACCAAAAACAAGUCGCAGUCUUGUGAUGGUUUUUAAGAAUACUCUUUAAAUUACUUACGGCACUCCUAUCUCUCCUACGCAACAUACAGAUGCUAGUCCACAACGAAAGGAGGAUGACUGCAUCUCAGCAGAAGAAUUCUAACAGUUAGCAACCUGCUACCAUCUGAGUUAGUUUGCAGAGGUUGAACAAAAGAAACUGCAUCCUAAGAUUCCAGCAGCGGCUUCUUCUGGUGAAGAAAGCCAACAAUUAAGCUAAGUGAAUGUGAAAAAGUAUUUUUUUAUUUAGUUUUUUUCUUUUUUUUGUGUGUGUGUGUGUGUUGAUCAGUUUGUUUCUUAAGAUGUCAGUAGCACAGCGAUAUCAGUACGGACAGCAAGUAAAACAACCCCAAGUUGUCGGAGCGUUGCUUGUUGGCAGACAUUCAUCUCAAGUUGAUUUGGUUCUUUUUUAAUUUUAUUUUUUACUCAGAGACAAUAUGAAACAAUGCAGCUGGAGUUAUUUUUGCGUUGGAUUCUCAUUGCUCUGAAGAAGUGUUUUGUUUUGAACAGAAGUGAUUAAGACCACUGUAUAAAAGAAUAAAAAAACAAAACACUAUGCGUGAAUAUCUCCACGAACCUCAUCAGAGUUGUUUGCGUCCAGACAAAGGGAGAGGAGCAUUCCUAACCUUUGGAUCAAACAGAAAGCACCUCUCUUUGCUGAGCUUGUCUCCUGUUUCCAUAGUGUUCACAUACUGACUUGUAAGAAAUAAUAAUAAUAAAAAAGGAAUCUCAUCACUGGACAUUUUCAUGAUGCCGAACUUAUGAGGCUAAACCCUUUCAAGAGUCCACCCAAUGAGCCAAGUCGUCCAUCACUGCAUCGCUGAGUGUCGCACCGUCGUGCAAAUGCUGACGUAGCAACUUGGACGUUGACGGACAUUACUCCAGUCCUCUGUCAGACCGUUCAGUGUUCUUCACCAGUCUUCCAUAUGGCGCAAUAUGCAACAAGAGCGCAGGAUGUUCUCAGAAAGACGCACAGUGCUACAGGUCUUUUUAUUUAUUUAUUUCCUGCGUUGUUUUUUUCACCAUGCUAUUUAUUUAUUUAUUUAUUUAUUGUAUUUAAAGCUAUUUUAGACCACGUCUUUACAAAAAAGAAAAAAAGUAUGCUUACAACGUUACAAAUUAUACAGUUCUUGUGAGUAAUUUUGCAUUUUAAAAAGAAAACGAAGCAGUUGUUUUCCAAUUUAAUGGUAGUUUGACGAGUUGCUUUUUCCUUCGGUCAUUACUGACUUUCGUCUGUAUCUUAUAUUUAUCUCUGGUUGCUGGAAUCUGCGUGUGAGCUUUGCAGCUGAUCUAUUUUGAGCCAACUCUUUUCAUUUCUGUAAUAUCAAAUGAACUAUCAAAGCCAAAAUCUAACAAGCACUUCGUUUCUUUCAUGCUCACUGAGUGGUUGCUGACUCGCUACAUCUUUUUUUGCUUUCGUGCUUCGCCAUUUUAAACCACGUGUCUGCCUCUUCACCUCUGUUGUGUACUCAUCCUCACAGGAAGAUAUGUACAAAGCUGUUUGCCUCACUGUCCGUACACACACAUCCGUCACACCACCUCCACCUUCAUUGACCCAACUCUGGCUAAGAUUGUAAACUAUUCUCCAUCCAUAAGGGUCAGUAGAAUAAGGUGUUAAAAAUGAAAUGUCUGUAUCAUAAUUUAAAUAUAAAAAGUGCACUAUUAUAACUAUUGCCUGUGAUAAAAGAACAAAUAUGAUUGAAGUGAUGGUCAAAAUAAAGAGAGAUUCACAUUAUUGUUAUGGUGACAAUAAUAAACCCUAAAUUCAUA